AUGAAAUAAUUGAUUCUAGUCCUUCUGUUAGUUGCUGUUGCCAACUAAACUAAUUCAAAAGAUUAAAUGACUUUAGGAAGAGAAUUAAAAUUAGAAGAAGCAUUUCAUUUGAGCAUAGAUCGAUUCAAUUGUGAAAUGGAGCCAAGAUUCUACGAUUUUGUCAUCCAAGAGCUUUUUAAAUGGAUCGAUAUUAUUGAUAAUCAAUAAAAAUUACAGACCGACCUCUAAAUAAUUGAAUAAAUAGUUAAAUUAGUGGAAAAGGUGAAGCAUAUUGAAGGAAUUUAGUAAGAAAUGUUUUUACAAAUUAGUGAAAGGCUUUCAUCAUCUGUUUUGGAAAUCUCUCUAGCUCAAAAAUAAAGUAGUUGGGCAAAAUUUAGUAUUGAUGAAAUAUUAUAAUAAAUGAGGGAAUUUUCUUAUGUAACUACAUAAAAUGAAAGAGCUACAAAAGCAAACACUAUAAUUAAAAACUUAUAUAAUAUUGAAAGACAACUUUAAUAAUAUUUAAACUAGAGCUAUUAAUAUCCAAAUAGUUAAGAAUUGUAUAGAAAAAUAUAAGAACUUUAGAAUAAAAAAGAGUUAUGUUAAAGCUAAUUUCCACAAGACUAUACUGGGUCAACCAGAUUAAAACCUGGAAGAUCAGAUUUAGCAGAGUCUGAUGAUCCAAGAUUUGAUAAUUAAUCAUCCCAUUAAUAAACUGCCAAUUAAGAUAAACCAUUUUAAUCAAAUCCAAAUUAUUAAGGAUAGCCAAAAGAAGCAAGAUAACCUUCAACUAGACUUCCUCCAGGAAGAUACGAUCAACCAGAGUCCAAUGAUCCAAGAUUUGAUAAUCAAUCAUCUCACUAAUAAGCAGCGAAUUAAGACAAACCAUUUUAAUCAAAUCCAAAUUAUUAAGGAUAGCCAAAAGAAGCAAGAUAACCUUCAACUAGACUUCCUCCAGGAAGAUACGAUCAACCAGAGUCCAAUGAUCCAAGAUUUGAUAAUUAAUCAUCUCACUAAUAAGCAGCAAAUUAAGACAAGCCAUUUUAAUCAAAUCCAACUUAUUAAGGAUAGCCAAAAGAAGCUAGAUAACCUUCAACUAGACUCCCUCCAGGAAGAUCUGAUCAACCAGAGUCCAAUGAUCCAAGAUUUGAUAAUUAAUCAUCUCACUAAUAAGCAGCAAAUUAAGACAAGCCAUUUUAAUCAAAUCCAACUUAUUAAGGAUAGCCAAAAGAAGCUAGAUAACCUUCUACUAGACUUCCUCCAGGAAGAUCCGAUCAACCAGAAUCUCGUGAUCCAAGAUUUGAUAAUCAAUCAUCUCACUAAUAAGCAGCGAAUUAAGACAAGCCAUUUUUAAUCAAAUCCAACUUUAUUAAGGAUAUCCCCAAAGAGGCAAGAUCACCUUCAACUAGACUUCCUCCAGGCAAAUCUGAUUAACCGGAGUCCAAUGAUCCAAGAUUUGAUAAGCAAUCAUCACAUUAAUAAGCAGCAAACUAAGACUAACCAUUUUAAUCAUAUCCAACUUAUAAAAAGAAUCAAUAUAUAAGUACUGAAAACUAAGAUUAACAAUCUUCAAUUACUGAUGGUAAUGUUUCGAAUUAUCUAGAAGAUCUAAAUGAGGAUAAAUAGUAUUAAGAAAAUCUUAUGUAUGAUGAAAACCCUAAAGAUUCAUAAAGGUAAUCUACAAGACUAUCUCCAGGGAGAUCUGAUUAACCAGAGUCCAAUGAUCCAAGAUUUGAUAAUCAAUCAUCUCACUAAUAAGCGGCAAAUUAAGACAAGACAUUUUAAUCAAAUCCAACUUAUUAAGGAUAGCCAAAAGAAGCUAGAUAGCCUUCAACUAGACUCCCUCCAGGAAGAUCUGAUCAACCAGAGUCCAAUGAUCCAAGAUUUGAUAAUUAAUCAUCUCACUAAUAAGCAGCGAAUUAAGAUAAACCAUUUUAAUCAAAUCCAAAUUAUUAAGGAUAGCCAAAAGAAGCAAGAUAACCUUCAACUAGACUUCCUCCAGGAAGAUACGAUCAACCAGAGUCCAAUGAUCCAAGAUUUGAUAAUUAAUCAUCUCACUAAUAAGCAGCAAAUUAAGACAAGCCAUUUUAAUCAAAUCCAACUUAUUAAGGAUAGCCAAAAGAAGCUAGAAUAACCUUCUACUAGACUCCCUCCAGGAAGAUCUGA